GGUGAUAAAAUUAUUCAUUAAGAUGAUUAGUUUGUGCAGAAAAAAUACAAACGAUGGAACUAUUAAAGUAGAAUGAAACUGAUAGUAGGAUGAUGCAAGAAUCGGAUCCGAUCAUACUAAUAUCAAAUAGAUAUUUGAUUUUACUUUAGCAUAACGAUAAUAAGAUUAGGCACAUGUUGUUCUUUAGGUAAUGCCUAGAUGUUCUAAGCAAAUUGGUCAUAAAUUCAAAUACGUACGGAAACAGUACCCAAGUGAUAUAUCUACUUAUCUAGCAACCCCCUCCUCCUCCACCACCAUCACCACUGCAACCGCCAAAAACGCCACCUUUACAGCAGCAACAGCAACUUGAAUCCUUCUUCUUUUCCUUCUUUUUGGAGCAAGCAAAUACGGCCAUGGUUACAAGUAACAACGACAGAAGAAACAUGAAAAUCAAGAACAAAACACCCCCAAAAGCAGCAGCUUCUUUCAUGUCAAACUAACUGAUA